ACGGCUACUACAUUUCCCAGGGGACACCGCGGCGGAAGUAAAACAACUUCCGGUGCUCUGGCGGCGCAAUCGCGGACGAUCAGAUCUUUCAGGGGAAGAAGCCUGAAGAAGAAUGGCCAGCUCCAGUUCUCAACACAGGGCCUGUGGGUCAGUGACAUUUAGGGAUGUGGCUAUUGACUUCUCUAAGGAGGAGUGGGCCUGCCUGGAUGCUACUCAGAAGGUCCUCUACAGGGACACGAUGUUGGAGACCUACCGCCACCUCGUCUCAGUGGUGGGGAGAUGCAUUUCUAAGCCACAUCUGAUCACCUUACUAGAGCAGGAGAAAGAGCCCUGGAUGGCUGUGAAUGAAGAAACAGACAGGCCGAGCCCAGGUUUGGAGACAUGUUUUGAAGCUGAAAAUGUAUCUCCAGAGAAUCAUAAUUAUAAUAUCAAGUCACCCAAGCAAACCACACAGCAAUUAAGUAAAACUUUGGAUGCCCAGGGCUCCCACUGUAGUGUAUUCAAGGGGCAACGAAAUUGUCAAGAAGGAGAUGCUGCUCAAAAGAUUACUAACAAGAAAAAAUUACCUACUUAUACUAGCCAGACUCUUGCCCACAAUAUGGGAAAACCAUAUAAAUGUAAAGAUUGUGGGAAAUGCUUUGGUUGUAAGUCAAAUCUUAUUCAACAUCAGAGUAUUCAUACUGGAGAGAAACCCUAUAAAUGUAAGGAAUGUGGCAAAACCUUCAGACUCCAGCAACUGCUUUCAAGACAUCAGAAGUCUCAUAGUAAUGAGAGACCUUUUGAAUGUGAUGAAUGUGGAAAGGGUUUUCAUCUUUCUACCCUGCUUAAGUACCAUAAAAAUACUCACACAGGUUCAAAACCAUUUCAAUGUGAGGAAUGUGGGAAGUCCUUCAAUCGCAUCUCUACCCUUUUUCAGCAUAGAACCAUUCAUGCUGGUGUGAAACCGUAUAAAUGUAGUGUGUGUGGGAAAGCCUUUAAUCGUCGUUCAAACCUCAUGCAACAUCAGAAAAUUCAUUCUGGUGACAAACCUUUUCACUGUAAGGAAUGUGGAAAGGCCUUCACUGUUCUGGCCCAGCUCACUCGGCACCAGAACAUUCACAGUGAAGACAAAUCAUUUGAAUGUAAGCAGUGUGGGAAGAUAUUUAGUAGUGGUUCUUACCUCUUACGACACUACGAUACUCAUACCAGUGAGAAACCCUUUGAAUGUAAUGUAUGUGGGAAGGCCUUUAGGCUUCAUCUAUACCUUAAUGAGCAUCAGAAAACUCACACCGAUGAGAAGCCCUUCAAGUGUAAGCUCUGUGAGUCGGCUUUCAGACGUAAGUACCAACUCAGUGAACAUCAGAGAAUUCAUACUGAUGUGAAACCCUAUCAGUGCAAGGAUUGUGGGAAAUUCUUUCGCCGACGAUCAAAUUUUACUGAGCAUCAGAGUAUUCACACCGGAAAGAAACCCUUCGAGUGUAAGCAGUGUGGGAAGGUCUUUAGGCUUAAUAUACAUCUCAUUCGACACCAGAGAUUUCACAGUGAUGAGAAACCUUUUGAAUGUAAAGAAUGUGGAAAGGCUUUUCAUUUUUCCAGCCAGCUUAAUUACCAUAAAGCCAGUCAUACAGGUCAGACACCUUUCCAUUGUGAGGAAUGUGGGAAGUCCUUCAAGCGUGUCUCCAGCCUUGUGGAGCAUAGGAUUAUUCACAGUGGUGUGAAACCAUAUAAAUGUAGUGAGUGUGGAAGAGCCUUCAAUCGUCGCUCAAACCUCAUGCAACAUGAGAAAAUUCAUUCUGAUGAGAGACCCUUUGAGUGUAAGGACUGUGGGAAGGCCUUCACUGUGCUGGCUCAGCUCACACGGCACCAGACAAUUCAUACUGGAAAGAAAUCAUUUGAAUGUGAUCAGUGUACGUCAGCCUUCAGACUCCCAUAUCAACUAACUCAACAUCAGAGAAUUCAUUAUGAAGUGAAACCAUUUCAGUGCAAGGAGUGUGGAAAGGGCUUUGUUCGUAGUACAGGCCUUAGAAUUCAUGAAAGAAUCCAUACUGGUGAGAAGCCCUUUCAGUGUAGGGAAUGUGGAGAAGCCUUUCAGUAUCAUUACCAAUUUCUCGGACACUUUAGAAUCCAUGUUGGCAAGAACCCUUAUGAAUGUACCGAAUGUGGAAAGUGCUUUACUUAUGGUAGAGACCUUAAAAUACAUCAAAGAACUCAUACUGCUGAGAAAUCUUAAGAAUGUGGAAAGGCCUUCAGUUGAAAAAUCAAGCUUGGUUUAACAUGCUAAACUUAAUAUUAUUGAGAGGCCUUAUAAUACAAGGAAUAUGGAAAGCCUUCAGUAAUUCUAAGCUAGUUGUUUAUUAGAGAAUUCAUACUGAUCUGAAACCCUGUGAAUAUAAGAAGUAUGAGAAAGUUGAGAUGAAGUUCAGCCUUCAGUGCACAUCAGAGAAUUCACAUUGGUGUGAAAUGCUAUUCAAACCUCAAUCAGAUUAAGCUUCUGUAAACACUGCUCCACCCAUGGGCCCUGAAGAUUUCAACCUUUUCUAUUUGGUCCUUCCUCGGGUCCUUCUACAGUGUGUGUGGCAUGUGUGGAGGCCAAAGUCCAACUUUUCACAGAGGUUUUAAGAAUUUGAACGUAGCUCCUGAGUUUUCAUAGAAAUCACUGUAAAGAAUAUGGAACGACCUGCAACUGGACCUCAGGCCUUCAACAUAAAAGUAUCCUCGCUGUUGUCAAACACUGCAAGGAAUGUAUAAACAUUAGCUCUGAAAGCUCCUGAAAGAGUCCAUAAAGGUCUGAAACCCUAAGGAUGUAAAAGGUGUGAAAAAUCUUUUACUGUUAAGUGUUGAGCCUAUACAGCAUCAGAAAGGGAAGAAGGGGGAUCCUUUAUGUGGAAAUUUUACUACACAUCAAAGAAGUCAUAUGGACAAGACUGGGACUGAAGAGAAUCUUGCAAGAACUUUAAUCUGUCAUAGGAGUUAACCAACAUCUGAGUAUCCAUGUACUCUGAUACCAAGAAAUCCUUAGAGAAUGAGACUGUGGGAAUUCCGUUGUUCAUAGAAGAUACUGUUGAGAAUGUCUUUGAAUGUCAGAAAUAAUAUGUUGUAGCCUUCAUGUUCCUAAGUUAUCUUUAGUGCUACUGUUAAUUGCAUAAACUUAAUUCACCAAACACAAUUCAGCUGACUUAGGAAGGACAGCUAUUGAGACUAGUGUUAUUUGAGGUACCUCGCCACCAUUUAUGUCCCCUGGCUCCUGUGCUGUUAGUCUGGGUGUUUGCUUUCUUUCUGCAGAGUUAAUGGUGAGUACAGUACCAGCCAGACUUGUGGAAACAGGGUUAUAGUAGAUAUAAAGUCCUUGAGAGUGUUUGGUUUGUGUUCUUUAAAGUAGCUUUUGCAGUAUUCUUGCUCUCAUUGCCAUUACUGUUAAUGGCAAGUUGUGUUGUAAAUAGUUUAAAAAAAAAGCCUCAUGCAUUCCUCCAGUAUUAAAUUCCAGAUAUUUCCUUCUGGAUAAAAUCUGAAGGAUGGAAGGAUACUUGAAAACAUUUUUAUUCACAAUCCAUUUCUUUAGCUUUUGUGUGGAGAUGUCAAAAAACUAGCUGUUGGUGAAUAAGUACUUUUAAAAGGGGUUAAACACAUACAACUUCCAAAGGGUAAAAUCCUGUGAUUUAUGUUCUCUGCCCAGAUAUUAAGAUGAAAUACAUUUGUGACUCAGCAAAAUAGUGCAGUCUCUUCCAUCUCAUGUUGUGGGACCGUUUUAAGUUUGCCUAGAAUUUGACUUUUGAUGGAGAUUCUUGGGAAUUUACCCAACUCUAGUCUAUAAGCCAGAGGUCAAGAUGUUCCUGCUAAUUAUCUUGGCUUCUCUUAAACUGCCUGCAUGUGCAAACUUCCCCCUUCAGCUAACUGCUUACCCUGACUUGUUAAACUGCUUGCUUGGCUAACCCCUGUAGCUGCUGAGCAAGGUAAGAGAAUGUGGUUCUUGUUCUUAAUAGCCCCUUGCUCUAAAUGCUUGUGAGUAUACUUGGAUCCUGAGUACAUGAGUGUAGUCCCAGCCAACUGGAAUAAAGACAUUCAGUUGGCUGUAAUUUGUGUCUGACUCAUUUUCUCUGGUGGGCUGUCCAUGAAACAAUUACAAAAAUAGCCCAAUUUGAAGCCAGGCAUAAAAAUACAUGUGAAAAAAUUUUCAUACAUACGUAAAAGAAGGAACACUUCUGUAUCAUCACCUGGAUUAAGAUUGUUAAUGUUAACCCUGCUUUUCUGUAUAUAUGGGUUUGGGGGCUGUAAUGUUAAGAAUGUGUUUUAGAGUUGAGAGUGGUAGCGCAUUCCUCAAACCCAGUUCUUGGAAAGCUGAGGCUGAAGGAUCAAAUUGGACUUUAACUUGUGACUUUAAGUCCAACUUUAGCUGUGUAGAGAGCCUUUCUCAAAAAACAAAAACAAACAAACAAAAAAAGUUUAGACCUAAGAAGAAGCUAACAUAGAUAUAGAUUUGGCUUUGUUCUUGCCUUUAUUAAAUUUCAGGGUUGAUUGAACCUAGAGUCCUGUAUGUGGUAGGCAUGAACUUAGUCACCCAGCUACAUUACUGGCUUUUUGCCCGUAUCUUUUAGCCAAGAGUUGUUAGGUUCAGAUGAAACAUUUGAGGUAAGAACGCAUUGUAGAUUGUAUGUCUUAAAACCAGCAUGUCCAGAACCACAUAGGUGUCAGCUAUCAUUGGUAGCUGCCACAGCUCCACUAAAAAGUUCAAUAUGUGUAGCGACUUCCAAAAUAUUUACAGAUAUGGAUACUUUAAUCCUGGGUCCAAUAUGAAUAAAAUUGAAGUCAACUUAUGAAUGAAUAGCAUCAUAAUAUUAAGAAUUCAGUGUGUUAGGUGUAACUGGUACAAUACUCGGUACAAAAUUAAUACUGUUCCGUGCAGUCAGGAAGCUAAGACUUUUGACUGGAACCUUGUUUUUGUUGGCACUUUAGCCCCAAUACAUGCACUGUUCCAAGCACAUGAGCAAUUGACAAAGUUGAAAACAAGCAUUUAAGAAGCUACCUAAGAAACACGUAAACCCCAAACCAAUAUAAAGGUGGCAUCAGCAGUAAGCAAUAGGAUAUAGUUUCAUGUUUUAAGACUUCAAAAAAAAAAUUUUUUUUUUCUUUUUUUUUUUUGAGGCCAGGUUUCUCUAUGCAGCCCAGGCUGUCCUGGAAAUCGCUCAGUAGACCCGGCUGGCAUUGAACUUAGACCCUUGAAGUUCUGCCUCCUGACUGUGGUUUUAAAGGCAUGUCCCUCACCAACCUGGUGACAUUCUUGAUUUUUAAAAAAAAUGUUUAAUGUGCGAGUGUCUUACCUACAUGAGUAUAAAUGUACUUUUUAUGUACAUUUCUGUGCCUGAGCAUCCAGAAGAGGGUGCCAGAUUCACCUGUAACUGGAGUUAACUAUUUGGGUUAUGGAGACUGAACGAGGGUCCUCUGCCACAAAGUGCAACAAGUGCUCUUAACUGUUGAGCCAUCUCUCCAACCCCGAUGAUAAUUUUAGUGUCAAAAGAAAAAAAUCUUUCCAGAGCAUAAAUUUACACUGAUUUUUCUCCAUUUAGGUUUCUAUAAUCAUUUGAAUUUGGUAUUUUACAGUAUUCUAAAAUAUAUUGUUAUGGUGCCAUCUUGAAAUUUUCCCUCAUUUUGUUAGUGCCAAUCCUGAAUGAUAGCUUCAUGUGUAUGAUCCUUUUAGGAGGGAUUGCUCUGAGUCAAGUUCGUCAUGGGGAAAACACCUUGGCCAGUAGGAAAUUCAAUAAUGGGUAAGAUUGAGCAUAUUAUUGUUUCUACCCUGUAUUAAACAGGGUUCUCUUGAGUCACAGCACUUACGAAAUGAUUCUCUUGCCAGAGAUAACACAUAUACAUAUAUCAUACCAUCCAAAAAAAACAAAAAACAAAAAAACAAAACAACAACAAAAACAAAACCCAGCCAGAGAAAAUAAACUCCCAACAACAACUGGAAGAUAUGUCACCCUACAAGAUAUGGAUGGUCUCAUGCUUGUAUUAUGUAGAAGCACAGAUGAACACAUUACAUGUAUGUUACAGGAUACUGUGUGGUAAUAUGGAAAGAUAUGGACCCAUGUGUUUGUACAAUGUCAGUUAUUGAAUCGACAAUAAAUUUACAACCUUGUGUCAUGCUGA